AUGGCUGCCAUCGACUAUACAAUAUCUACACCUCUAUACACUCUUCCCAAUGAGAUCCUCGUCCAAAUUCUCACCCCCUUUACAACCCGCGCCCUCCUCCCUCUAGCCAGCGUUUCUCAUCGCUUCCACGCCGUCGUCCUGCGCAUUCUUCACUAUCGACUGCUGCUCAUAUCAUCUCUCAAAGACUAUACGCUCCUUCUCGAAUGUUUCCAUCCCAUCUCUAAACUCACCGAUCCGCACUUCUUUUGCACGUACCUCGGCACACCCGGUCUGAACGAUAAAUACGAGGGCCCCGGAUCGCUGUACGAAAGCUGCACUAAGACGUCAGAGUAUCUGGGGCGGUUGUCGAAUGUUUAUUCCUGUUUUCGGCCAGAGAUUGAUGCCAGCGAGACAAGAGACGAGGAUGAUGGCAAUAAUGACGAAAUAGAGACCCCGAUGCUGGUCAAGAAACAAGUCAGCCUUGAAGAAUUCGAGGACUUUUCGCAGUUGUGCUCGAUUGUGAAUUUGGUCAAGAUCAUGCCAAACAGCAGAAUGCUUAUAAGUGCGGUGACGGUUGAGGAUGGGAUUAUUCGUGUGUUUAGAGAUUGGUUGAAACGGCAGUCAAAAAGAGACCAGUACAGUACUACUACUACCUCCACCACCACCACUGCAGCACAUACUGGUAUACAACAAGAUGAAGACGACGUGUUGUGGGUGAAUAAUAAAAAGACUGUGGGUCUCAAGCUGAGAGUCAAAGAGAAGAGGUGGAAUCGGCCGAUGUUACCUGUGUUGAUGCACCGGGACGAGGAGGGAGCUAACCAUGACUGGUCCACAUGCCGCAACCUCCCAGCGCAAUGGUGGUCACGCUCCUACCACCAAGAAUCGCAACACGCAGACCGCAAACCAGCUUCAACAUCCGCGUCAACAUGGACCGAACCGCUAUCCAAAAGCCACGACCGCAGCUCCGGUCGCCAGCGGGCCCUCGAGAAAAUGGCAGAUAAGGAGUUCUUCUUGAGUCUCUUGAGUUCUGCGGCUACGAAACGAGAGGCGAAAGCGUAUUUGUCUCGCUUUCCGUCUAUCAGGAAGACAAAAGUACCAACAACACGGCAUAAAGAGACUACCGUUGAACUGCAACCUUCGAAGGAGAUUGAGAAACCGGGAGUGAAUCUGGGCUCGUUUUAUGGAGCAACGAGGUCGGUGCUCGAGACUCCUGUUUUUAGGCAGGGAUCUACGCCUGAGAUUGAGACGGCGAUAAGUAUUGAUGAAGCGCUGCAUGUUGCGUUGGUCAAGUUGAGUAAUGCGCAAUCGUUGGAUGAUGAGACUUUACAUGGAGUGGCCACGACUUUGUCACAAUUGACGCGACUGGGUAUGGCGUCGUGUGUCGUUGUUGAUCCUGGUCCAGUGGAAGACGAGGCGGCGUGGAGAAAAGCUGCGGCCGAGCAAGCUGAUCGACUCUCGGCGGCGAUUGACGCCUGUGAUGGCGGUAAAGCGCGUCGACUUGACUCGGUACUGGUCAGGAACAAGGACGGAGAACUUCCAAAGGUCAUUUCUCGGCAGGUGUUGUUGCGCCCUCUGCGGAAGAAUCAUAUCGUCGUUGUAACACCGGUUGCCUAUUCGGACCAGACAUCUGGCUUAGAAAGAGAACAUGAUCCUGAUGAGGAUCCGCGUAUUACGGCAGAAAAAUUUGCCGCGCUUCAGAAAGAGGUGUCUAUAGACCGUCUGAUUGUGCUUGAUCCUGUGGGAGGGAUCCCGGCCUUCAAGGGACCGCAGCGGUCCCAUGUUUUUGUGAAUAUGGAACAGGAGUUUAGGGAUAUUGAGGCCGAGCUUCUAGAAGCAAUGGCUUCAUUUGAAUAUGUUGAUCCUGGAACUGAGGAUCUUAGUGUCGCAGCGACAAAAAACAACCCCAUUUCGAACUUCGUUGCAACGGAAGUUGCUCCACUACCGCAGCAACAGCACAAACCUGUGCUAGAGAAUGGGGUGAACAACAGCGCGAUAAAAGGGCAUAUUGAAAAUUUACGUCUCCUACAGCAAACUCUCACUCUCCUUCCACCAUCAUCGUCUGGCAUCAUUACUACACCGGGAGACGUUGCAAACUCAGCCCGUCCCUUGCAAGAUGUUCUUUCAGUAUCUCAAGUCGGAACUCGACGCUCAAAAAACCCACUUAUCCACAACCUUUUGACCGACAAACCGGUCUAUUCAUCUUCUUUGCCGUCAGAACGACUCGGCCAGACGACACCUUCCAUCGUGCAGUCCACCUUUCUCAAACGCGGAAUGCCUCUAACCAUCCUUCCCGAUCCACGCAUCACCCCCUGGUCCCCCGACAGCCCGGCCGGGCAACACCUCACCCUAGACGACCCUCGCAUCGACCUCCCGCGUCUAGUUCAUCUAAUUGAAGACUCCUUCGACCGCAAACUCGACGUUCAAGACUACCUCAACCGAGUCAACGGCCGACUCGCCGGGUUGAUUAUCGCCGGCGAAUACGAAGGCGGCGCCAUCCUGACGUGGGAAACACCACCCUCCAUCCCUGAAUCUGAACGCAACAACCCCGAGAACGUGCACCGGCUAGUACCCUAUCUCGAUAAAUUCGCCGUCCUCAAACGCAGCCAGGGCGCAGGCGGCGUUGCGGACGUCGUGUUUAAUGCAAUGGUGCGCUCAUGCCUGCCGCGAGGCGUAUGUUGGCGCAGUCGAAUGGACAAUCCGGUUAAUAAAUGGUAUUUUGAGCGGUCGAGGGGGACAUGGAAGUUGAAUGGGAGUAAUUGGGCCAUGUUCUGGACCACGCCUGGUGUGCCGGAGGACGAUCCGUUGAAGUUCAAAGAUUAUGAGGCUGUUUGUCGAAGCAUCCAGCCAAGUUGGGCCGAUAAAAAAGCUGUCGUUGAUUGA